AUGCUGGAUGCGAGGUUUAGGGGUCUGUCGUGGUCACAUAGAGCAGUCAAUGAAGGUGAUUUGCACCAAAUCAAUUCCAUGAGAAAAGCUGGGUUGCGAGUGCCGACGAUUUUCCACGCUUUUGCCAAUCAGUCAGGGGGAUUCGAGACUGUUGGAUUCGAGAUAAAGGAUAUAUAUAAUGCAAUAGAGAAGCAAAGGCGGGCUGGCGCGACAGAUGCUGAGGCUGCGUUGAAGUUCUUGGGAAUUUUAAGGACCACUGAUUGUGGAAUGUUCUGGAAGUACUCGCUGGAUGGUGACAAGAGGCUGGAAAAUCUCUUCUGGUGGGAUGGUACAAGUAGUUAUGACUACAGCGUGUUCGGGGAUGUCCUGGAUUUUGAUGCAACGUAUGGUCGUAACAAAUACAAGUGUCAUUUGGUAAUAUUCUCACGGGUGGACCACCAUAUAAGGACGGUGGUGUUCGGUUGCGCCAUCUUGAGCAACGAGAGUGAAGGAAGAUAUGUGUGA